CCACCCCCCACUUUCAUUCCGGAUUAAUCAGAACGAGACAUGAGAAACCCUCAGCGUAUAAAUGACAGACAUUGAGAGCCACUGAUCUGUGGCGUCCUGAGGGGCCCCUGAGCUUGAGCAACAUUGAACUGAUUAAUAUGUAAACAAAGCCAUUAAAGUCCACGCAUGUGCUCUUAAUUACGGGACAGUUGUGUGGAGAUUCGUCGCAUGCAGUGCCCACACACGCGUGAGGAGAAUGGGCGUGAGUUGUCCCUCGAAAGGGAGCCCGGAGACUCUUGCUGUUUGAGCACCAGCGAUCUGAGCGCUCAGUUUACAGAGUGCGCGAGACAGAGAGCAGAUACCAGCGGGAUGGAGCGCACAGGAUUUACAACAUCACUUGUCUGAUUACUCUCCCCAAUCAACCAAGACGCACAGGAGGGAGGGGAGUCACAGCCGGAGAGAGUCUUAGUGCGUCUGUGUGUCAGAGGCUGAGAGUGAGGGAGCACCGAAGAUAGAGGAAGAGAGAGAGAGGGAGAGAGAGAGGGGACGAGAGAAGGGACUAAGUCUGGACCAGGUGAUCGAGUACUAACAAACCUCCAAGGGGCUGCCGGGUUCUAUCAGUGUGCACGGGAUCAGCGAUCCAAACCAUGGUGCCCGCGCGCUGCCCGGGACCCUGCGCCAUGCUGGCGCUUACCCUCCUCAUGGGAUGCGGCGUGGUGUUUAGCGCCGGCCAGAAUGACACGGAGCCCAUCGUCCUGGAGGGGAAGUGUCUUGUGGUGUGCGACUCGAACCCUUCCUCGGACGGAGGCGUCACGUCCUCGCUUGGCAUAUCGGUGCGCUCCGCUGGGGCAAAGGUGGCUUUCUCCGCCGUGCGUGGAACCAACCACGAGCCGUCAGAGAUGAGCAACACGUCCAUGACCAUCUACUUUGACCAGGUUUUAGUGAACAUCGGCAACCAUUUCGAUCUCAAAGCGAGUGUUUUCCAGGCUCCAAGGAGGGGGAUUUAUAGUUUCAGCUUUCACGUUGUGAAGGUCUACAACAGACAAACUAUACAGGUGAACCUGAUGCAGAACGAUUAUCCGGUUAUAUCAGCCUUCGCCGGGGACCAGGACGUAACGAGAGAGGCGGCCAGUAACGGAGUACUGCUGAUGGUGGAAAGGGAGGACCGCGUUUAUCUGAAGCUGGAACGGGGCACCCUUAUGGGCGGAUGGAAAUACUCCACCUUCUCAGGCUUUCUAGUCUUUCCUCUAUAAUCUAAUCUGCGAUGAUCCACGUCGCACUCCUCGGACUCUUCUUCUAGGUUGAGGAACAAAAAAGAAAACAACAACAGCAACAUGCCAUUUAUUUUUAACUUAAUUAAAACUGUCAGCCAAGGAAGCCGACGAAUAUCUGUAUACCUACACUCGUCCACUAUCUAGUCAAAUAUGAACGUUUCCUUGGAGUUUCACAUAUUCAAAUCCAUCAGUCAACUUUUACGCAAUCUGGAUGAUUCAACGUAUUGAUCGGCCAGUGGCGCGUGCUUGUCGGGUAUGUGGAUUUUUUCUUGCUUGGAAAACAAACUUUGCCAAUAGACAAAAGGGUGUAUCUUGGCAAAAAGGACACGGGGGAAAGAUAAAGAGAGGAGGAACUGAAGUCCCGGACAGGCCGAGUGUGUUAUGCUCUAUUUUAUGUUUGUAUAGCCUUAAAGAAUUUAUGGUUUCCGUCCAAGUGAAGUAUAUGGAAUAAUGGACAACCAGAGAAGAAGUGCUCUCACGCCCAAGGCAUUUUUUUGCACGAGUGGAAGUUUUUACUUUAUGUUUUUUGUGCUGUCAAUGGUGUUGCGUUUGGAUGCUGAACAUAUUGAAAAUAAGCCAAAUGUAGGCCGAAGAUGAGUUUAUUAAAAGAGAAAAAAAGGCGACAUAUUUCAGCCACCGGAGACGACUUAGAGCCCUUUUAUUAAGAAGAUUAUUCUAUCAUUUAUAAAGUACAUAUUCACAUUAUUGUGUGUUCGACAUUUCGGAAUCUGCGUAGCUUUGACUGAUUUAAUGUUCAGUGACGUUGCUCACCAAAUGUACAUUGUGGAAAUAAUAGAAGAAUCCCUAUAUGUCCCGCUUAAUAAAAGAUAUUGUAUUGUA